AUGGCGAAGUGUCAAGCUGUUUUUCUUUUGGUUGGCGCUCUCUGCGUCCUGUCCUUGGCCGGUGUCGCCAAUGCCGCCGAGAACCAUUUCAAAGUCCAGGGCAUGGUGUACUGUGACACUUGCCGUAUCCAAUUUAUGACCCGCAUUAGUACAAUAAUGGAAGGGGCAACUGUGAAAUUGGAAUGCAGAAACAUUACUGCAGGAACUCAGACCUUCAAAGCUGAAGCUGUAACUGAUAAGGUAGGACAGUAUAGCAUCCCUGUUAAUGGUGAUUUCGAAGACGAUAUAUGUGAAAUCGAGUUGGUUAAGAGCCCGAACAGCGAAUGCUCUGAGGUUUCACAUGAUGUUUAUGCCAAGCAAUCUGCUAAGGUUAGCCUAACAUCCAACAAUGGUGAAGCUUCAGACAUUCGCAGCGCCAAUGCUCUCGGAUUCAUGAGGAAGGAGCCCCUUAAAGAGUGCCCUGAGGUUCUCAAGGAGUUGGAUCUUUAUGAUGUUAAAGCUAAUUAAGUAAUUAUACAAAAUGUUCAAAUUUUUUUACCAGUUUUAAUGUAUUACCAGAAUAAGCAUAUGACAUUUAUUUUUCCAAAAAAGAGGGGUGCAAGAUCAAAAAAAAAAAAAUAGUUAUAUAGAGGUGUAAUUUAUUCAUCAAUUUUUAAAAAUUUAAAUGUAGCCUUGUAUUGGGAGUUU